GUGUGCUUCUUCCUAAUGCAGAUAAAAUGGAAAAAAUUCGGCUGGAUGACGUUCUUUUUCAAUCUAUCGAUUUACAUCGCCUUUUUGCUCUGCUUCACUUCACUUGUGGUGAUCAUGAGGUCAAAUGAAGAAAGGUUUUGUGGAUUAAAUCCAACUAAUACCAAGGUCUGCACAUCGUCAAUAAUCAUGAAGGGAAAACGAAACUCAACUCUUGCGAAAAAUUCAAUCACAAAGUGGGUGAGUAGUUUUACAGAUAAUACUUUGUCAACGUGUGGAAACUGUGCAUUUGCUAUAAGUUUUGCGUGCGUUUCAGUAAUUUUCGCGGUGUCGGAGGAAUUCGUAAAUAGUUCGGAGGACUUCGUAAGUACUUUGGAGGGGCACUGGUGAAAAACACACUGGACAUGUCCACAGCUUUACCGCUAAAUCUGACUAAUUUCCUUUGUAAAGCGAUUUUUGGGAAAUUUA